AUGAGCGGCGAGAACUACGUGGAGGGGGACCUCGGCCCCGUCUUCAGCCAGGCGGAGCCGCUCACCCUGCCGGUGGUCGUGCAGCUGCUGCGCGGGCGGCGCGACGCCGGCGACGACGCGGGUUUGGAAUCCCCCGCCAUGACCCUCAUUGAGCGGACGCGGGAGCAGGUGGAGCUGAUGCAGGAGACCUGCGCAGACGAGCAGAGCGUGCAACAAGUCAUGAAGAUGAAGCUGCGUCUGCGUGACGAGGGCGAGACGGGCUUGGCGAAUUCACAUCUGGCGAAUUUUAUUCUUGACAGCGAGGGAAACGUAACGGGGAUGCGGGACCCGGCGGAGGACGCGGACGACCACGGCGCACUCAAGACGGCGCGCAUGAGGCCCUUUGAGGUAGUUGCGCUUGGGACGCUCUGCCCAAAGACCGUGGAGGAGGCGCUGGUGCUUGUGCCGUCCCUCGCCCGCUACGAGCCCAGCGACUUGAACCUUGCUUUGAACACGCUGGAGUCACUUUGA